CCUUAGCUUUUCCGUCUGUUCUCUUUGGUUAUUGUUAUAGUAAGCUCGACACUUAAAUUCAUGGAUUUCAAACACCAGGAAGAGAAGCCACUCCGAACUGACUCGUUUAGAAUACAGGAGCCUAGAUGCAGAACAGCUCCGCAGGGAAAAUUCGUAAGCAGAAGUGUGAUCGCUACAGUGCUUGCACUGAUUAUAGUGCUCAUUAUUUUAGUCAUUGUCCUGGGAUCUUUGCUCGGCAAAGAAAGAUGUUCUAGGGAGGAGAAGUUUAAAGGAACGAUAAGUCCCGAAACCACAUUUCCAACGACAGUCCAUAGUCCUACAACACGUGGGAAUGGCAUUUGGUGGAAUGUACGCCUCCCAAAACAUAUCACACCCAAACAUUACGAUGUUAUAAUUUUCGUUGAUCUGAAGAAGUUCUUAUUCAACGGUAAAGUCUCUAUCUUAAUUGACGUGAAACAAUCAACGGAAUAUAUUUUGGUUCAUACCAACCAGCUGGAAGUGAUGUCAGUCACUGUCCGGCGGUCUUCUGGUGGAGAAUUUAGAGUCAUGAAUCAAUUCUGGUUUGAGAUUAAUCAGUUCUACGUUAUCCAGCUGAACGGCUGGUUACAUCCAGAUGAAUAUGUCGUGACUAUAGAGUAUGAAUCUGACCUAAGAGAAGAAUUGGAAGGAUUCUACCGAAUGACGUACAAGCAGAAAGACGGAACUAUAGUUCCUGUGGCUGUUACCCAGUUCUCCCCAUCACAUGCACGUAAAGCAUUUCCGUGUUUUGAUGAACCAGCAAUGAAAGCAACGUUCAAUGUGACCAUCGCUCAUGACCCUGAUUUGAUUGCUAUCUCAAAUAUGCCUGUUUACCAUAAUGAGGUGACAGACGGAUGGAAAUACGAUCACUUCGAGAAGUCAGUCGUCAUGUCCACCUAUCUAGUGGCUUUUGCUGUCUGUGAUUUUAAACACACUGAAUUCACAUUGACCAAAGAUGGAAAGAAGGUGCGGAUGUAUGCUCCUGCGGAGCAGAUUGAUCAAGUGGAAUACGCUUCUCAAAUCACAGAUAAACUUUUUAGUUUUUUCGAAGAAUAUUUCCAAAUACCAUAUGCGUUGCCAAAAACAGAUAUGAUUGCUAUUCCAAAUUUCAUUCAUGGCGCAAUGGAGAAUUGGGGACUCAUAACCUACAGAGACUGGAAUCUACUCUUCAAACCAAAUGUAUCCUCAGCAGACAAUAAACAGAGAGUUGCCGAAGUCAUAUCCCAUGAAAUCGCUCAUCAGUGGUUUGGAAAUCUUGUCACAAUGGAAUGGUGGGAUGAUUUUUGGCUGAAUGAAGGAUUUGCCAGUUUUAUGGAAUUUUCUGCUACGGAUUUUAUUCAUCCAGAAUGGAAAAUAGACGAUCAACUAGUUGUAACCGAUAUGUCAACAGCAUUCGCAGCGGAUGGCUUGGCAAAUUCACAUCCAAUCAGAAUUCCUAUAACGAGACCUGAAGAGAUCACUAAGAUUUUUGACUCCAUCACUUAUGAAAAGGGCGCAUGUAUCCUACGUAUGUUGGAGGCUUAUCUUGGAAAAGAAGUUUUUAGGAGAGGAUUGAAGCGUUAUUUAAAAAGAUUCGAGUACGCCAAUGCCAACACGAUGAAAUUAUGGGCUGCACUCAGAGAGGAGAGCUGUUAUCAGGGGAACUGUGUGGAUGUUGAUCACAUGAUGAACACGUGGACACUUCAAAUGGGUUAUCCUGUAAUCAAUAUCCGACAUUCUACAGGCGACCAAUAUUUAGUUUCUCAAGAAAGGUUUCUCUACCAUACUGAUGCAAACAUCACAGCUGAGUAUAGAUCACCGUACAAUUAUAAAUGGUUUAUACCAUUUACGUAUGUCACUUCUUCAGCGCCAAAUAAAGUCAUUCUGAAAGACUUCAAUAUGACGUCAGGAACAAUAACGUGGACUCCACGGAAUGGAAGUGGUUGGAUAAAAGGAAAUGUUGGCCAGAAAGGAUUCUUUAGGGUUAACUAUGACGAUAAGAACUGGGAUGCUUUGGCUCAAGCUCUGAGGACUGACCACAAGUUAUUGAAUAUUUCGGACCGGGGAGGUGUUAUAGAUGAUGCGUUUGAACUGGCUAGGAGUGAAAAACUUAACUACACUAAGGCAUUGGAAUUAACGUCAUUUCUACGUGCUGAAGAAGAAUAUGUUCCCUGGCAAACGGCCUUGAAGAGCUUCAAUUUCAUAAAAAGUCUUUUAAUUCCACCCAGACCAGCAUACAAAUACUUGCAGAAAUACCUUGUCUAUCAAGCAGAACCUAUCUACAAAAGACUUGGAUUUACUGAUCAAGGUUCUCACCUAGAAACUUUCCUGCGACCAGCUAUCUUGGAAAUUGUUUGCGAUGCAAAAGAUAAAGCCUGCCGAGCAAAUGCCUCGAAAUACUUUCGUGAUUGGAUGAGAGAUCCAGUCAAGAACCGGAUACCGGCAAAUUUGCGCUCUUUGAUCUAUUACUAUGGUAUCGCUAAUGGAGGUCAGGAAGAGUGGGAUUUUGCUUUUGAUCAAUUGCUGCAGACUUCAGUUGCCUCAGAGAGGAAGAAGCUCGUACAGGGAUUGGCUGGAUCCCCUGAGCCAUGGAUUCUAAGCAGGUUUCUCCAAUUCUCGCUGGAUAAAACAAAGAUAAAAUCUUCUGAUGCACCACUCGUAAUCAAAAAAGUUGCUGAGACUAGCUCAGUGGGGCAGCAGAUAGCAUGGGAUUUCAUAUUAAACCACUGGAAAUUAUUAGAAAAACGGUAUGGUGAAUCCCUUUACAUCCUCAGGAACAUAUUAGAGUCGGUGACUAGUGGCUUCACAAAUGAAUUUCAGCUUCAGCAGCUUCUUAAUUUUGUCAAAGGACGCGACGAUGGGUCGGGAUUGAGCGGCCAAUCUUUAUCACAAGUGGUCGAGAGGGUAAAGUCCAAUAUAGCAUGGAUCAAAAGAAACGAAAAAGAUAUAGAGAACUGGCUUAAGGUUUUCUUAUCUAAAACAGGAGAACAAACAAAACAGAGUUUUGACUUUAGCGACCCAGCUAAACGCUAAUAACAUAUUUAGGAUUACUUCAAAAUAAAAAUACAAAGUAUUAUAACACGACAAACGCAAUUUUGGGAAGGUAAAGCUCAGCAGUUAAGCAAUAAAAUCAUUCUCAAACUAAUUCA